AUGACCGACACGAGCUUCGCACAAGCCCAGCGCCGCGUUGUCGCGCGUCGCCAAACCCGCGAGGCCGAAGCCGCUGCUCGCAUCGCUGCACAGCGACAAGCGUCUCGACCCAGAGCCAACCUCGAGCGCUUACCAUACCCCUUAAAUCGCAUCGGAUCUGCUUGGGAUGCCGUGUCUACCAGGGAGGGCACGCGCCCCGCAUUUCGAGUAGGACAAGUCGACGCCGAAUUGCUCGAUGUAGAGCUGUUGGACAUCCUCAAAGACCAGGUUUGUGAAGGCCUAAAGUAUUUUGGUGGAGGACACCUGCAUGAUGACUGGUCGGCUGAAAUUAUGUUGGCACUAAGAGCUGUCCUCUUCAAGCUUACUGUCUGGGAUCACGAUGCGACAUACGGUGCGGCUCUUCAAAAUCUCAAAUACACCGACGCCAGGAACGAUGGCCUUAUUCUGAAAGCACCUUCAAAGGUGCAAAAAUCACUUUACGGCCUGGUGACAGUGUUUGGCAACUAUGCCUGGACGAGGUGGGAGGAUUGGCUCCUGGAGCAUGAUGAUGGCUACGAUGAGCCAAGCCCCCUGCUGAAGCGACUAUCAAAAUUGACUUCAGCUAUGUCAACUGUCCACUCAGCAGCUGCUUGUGUCUCAUUUCUAGUUUUUCUACUGCACGGACGAUAUCGAACGCUUCUCGACAGAAUCCUGAGAAUGAGACUUGCGCCACCCACAAGCCAAGUAAGCCGAGAGGUUUCAUUCGAGUAUCUUAACCGUCAGCUUGUUUGGCAUGCCUUCACCGAGUUUUUGCUUUUUGUGCUGCCCCUGAUAGGCAUUCAGCGAUGGCGACGCUGGCUCACCAGGACAUGGCGAAAGACAAAAGACAUUAUCAGGACGGGACCACAGGAAGAAGGCAAGGCGAACGGCGAGUACGCAUUCCUUCCAGAGAGGACAUGCGCGAUUUGCUACCAGGACCAAAACAAUGCGACUUCGGAGAACGAGGUCAUGGCAGCAGCAGCAUCCGGCGGUGUUGUUGGCUCGGCACAGACAGACAUAACCAACCCAUAUGAAACAAUUCCUUGCGGGUGCGUAUACUGUUUUGUGUGCUUAGCUACUCGUUUGGAGAGGGAAGAAGGCGAGGGCUGGACCUGUCUGCGAUGUGGUGAGCAUGUCAAAGAAUGCAAGCCCUGGAGUGGUGGUUUGAUAGAACCUUCUGCGAAGCAUGCCUCGGCCAAGACAGUGGCCUUUUCGGACGAUAUUACUGGGGGUGUACUUGUGGAUGACCAUGAUGAGGUAGCGAGCUUGAGCACAACUUCAGAGCAAGGUUAA